AUGUAAAGAGCAUUGGUGAAAUUAGAGCAUUACCGAGCAUUCUAAGCUGAUAAAGACAUGAGGAAGCGAGGAUCAACUGACUAGAAUGACAAACUCUAUUAGUUUGAUGCUGAUGAUCACUACAUUUCAAACAGUCACUAGUUUACUAAUGUUCUUCAGGUUUACUAAGAAUUCUAUCUCAAUCAGAAUUAAGAAGUUAGGCUGAAAGAUUUAGUGACCUAAGCAAGAGACAUUUAAAGAAAUUAAAAACCAAUUUUAGGUGUUAAAGGACAAUAAGCAACUGAUUAAAACUCACCUGUCUUAACCCUGAUUAAAAAGGACUAUGAUGCAAAUUUGAUUUGGCAGAGUUUUAGAUUGUCAAAUCCAAAUCCUGUAAUUAAAUCUAAUGAUAAACUUAAAUUUGGAAGAAUAACAUUCGACUACUUUGAUUUCUAUAGCGACCACCCCUCUACUCUAGUAUUUAUGACUGAAGACAACUAAUUAAAGUACAGCAGUAGAUCAAAACCUGAAACUAACUUUAAUGAUUUAGCUACACGCUAUUAUUGCAGCAUCUGUACUAAGUUCUGUGACUUCACACCAGAAUAAGAAGGGGAGCUAAAAUGCUUCUUUAAAGACAGUCAAAGUGGUAUUAAGUACUCAGUGUUGGACAACUUUGUUUAAGAUUGGGAAUAAACAUUAAUACUUUAAAGUAUUUAUAAGAGUUCUGAGGAGAAUUCAACUGAAAUGAAAGAGAUUUACGUGAUUAUGAAGGAUAAAUGCUCAGAUGGGUAUAAAAUAGAUUUGGGGAGAGGCAAGGAGUGUGACAUCUAAAUUAUUGAUAAGAGUAUAUCUCGCUAGCAUGCAACACUAGCUGUAUAAAAAACGUUUCAAUGGCGAGGAAAUAUAAUUAUAUCUGAAUCAGUGCACAGCAUUGUAAAUCAAUCAAAACUUGAUGCAAAUAUCUCUGAGAUAGCUCUAAGAUGGGUAGGGCAUCCCCCAACUCAAACUAGAAUCUCCUUUUAAAAAGCUUAGUCUCUCUGA